AUGGAACUUCCUGUCUUCAAUCACCCGCCGUCAGACCGGAUCAUUGUCGUCGGCGCAGGCAUAGUCGGGUCAUGUCUCGCAUCCUUCCUGUCCAAAUCCCUAGGUUCUCGGAUCAUCCUAAUUGAUAGGGAUAUACGCGGACUGCCAGGAUCAACAGGUCAUGCGCCGGGUUUCGUUGGGCAGUACAACGAAAUACCAUCUCUCACAGAACUUGCCAAACGAUCAGUCUCGUAUUAUACCUCUCAAGGUGAAAUGGGGUUCCAAAACGUUGGGGGUCUGGAAAUCGGAGACGGAUUGGCAAAAAGAGCUGAAGCGGCACAUUCUGCUGGAUUAGAGAGUAGGCUGCUGAAUAGACAACAGGUAUUGGAUUUGGCUUCAAUAUUCGUAAGGGAAGAAUACUUGGCGAAAGAAGGAAAUGCGGGAUUGUUUUUCCCCGCUGAUGGAACAGCGAAUGCUAAGAUCGUAACCCAUACGGAGCAAGAUAAAGCGAAAGCCAAUGGCGCUAUUUUUAUUAAUGCUGACGUGACUAGUUAUGAUCAAGGCGUCAACGGCUGGUCAAUCAAGACGCCUUUAGGUCUCAUAGAGGCGCAGAAAGUGGUCUUUUGCACUGGGAUUUGGGCAUCGCAGCUGCUCCCUCGCCUCGAACAUUCUGUUGUGACUGUUUCACACCCAUACUCCUAUUCGACUCCCCACGAGGCACGGCCCACCCAAUCUCCGUUUAUACGAUGGCCGCAAAAACACGUCUACGCGAGGGAUCACGGUCUUGAGGAUGGCUUAGGGUCCUACGCGCAUGCGCCCAUCAAAGUACCGAAGGAAAACCAUGGAGAUACAGCAUAUGGGUCUUGGGAAGACAGCUUCAACGAUGUUUUGUCGGACGGAUAUGCACUACUACCACAGAAUAUUGCGGAGAAGUUCGAUGAAGGCAGGAAAUUCAAUGGAUUGUUUUCAGUAACACCGGAUGGAUUGCCGUUAGUUGGUGAAGUGAAAGCAGGGUCAUAUUGUGCCGUUGGCGUUUGGGUAACACACGCUGCGGGAAGUGCAAGACUGCUGGCAGAUAUGAUUUUGGGUGUAUCCAAGGAGCAAGACGCUUACCUCAGGAAGGAUCUUGAUCCCAGGAGAUUUGAGGGGGUAGAAGGCGUCGAAGAUAAAGCUAUCCUAGAAAAGAGGUCAUUGGCAAAAUAUAACGAUAUUUACAAUAAUGAGGCAUGA